AUGUCUGGCGACGAUCAGGGAUCCAACCUGGACCGGCUGAGUGCCGACGACUCCAAGACAAGCAAGCCCGAAGGAGUGUCUACUACUGCCCAUCCACAGGAACUCGAGCCGGUUAGGAACCGGGUCACAGGAAAAGAUGCCGCUUUUGAACAGUCCGAGGAUGUGCGCUUCUACAAGCCAAUCGAUUCGUAUGAAGGCCUUCAUCGCUGGGAUCCCGAAUUUGAGUGGGAGGAAUGGGAGGAGAAAAAACUGAUUCGGCAGAUCGACCUUCGUGUCUGCACCUUCGCUUGUUUGACCUUCUUUGCACUGCAACUGGACAGAGGAAAUGUCGUGCAGGCAACUUCUGACAACAUGAUAACGGAUUUGAAUAUGAACACCAAUGACUAUAACACUGGCCAGACCAUCUUCUACGUCAUGUUUCUAUUUGCCGAAUUACCUUCUCAGCUUAUCUCGAAGAAGCUCGGCCCAGAUCGUUGGAUUCCCAUUCAGAUGGUUUGCUGGAGCUUGAUUGCAUCCUGCCAGGCCUUUAUCAAAGGUCGCUCGACAUUUUUCGCCUGUCGUGCUCUCUUGGGCUUGUUCGAGGGUGGAUUCAUCCCCGAUACCGUCUUGUUUCUGUCGUACUGGUACAAGUCAAAAGAGCUUCCUAUUCGACUGAGCUUCUUCUGGAUGACAUACGAGUUUACUGCGAUCAUCGGCGCUUUCUUAGCCUUUGGUUUCUUGCAUAUUCACACCGAUGACGGAACCGGCCAAUGGCGAUAUCUAUUUGCACUGGAAGGAUUGAUUACCGGCGUUAUUGGCAUUUUCGCCGCGUUUUACAUGCCUCCAUCCCCGACUCAAACUUCUGGGUCGAUUCGUGGAAAAAGUGGCUGGUUCAACGAGCGUGAGGAGAAGAUCUUGGUCAACCGUAUCAUUCGCGACGACCCUAGCAAAGGCAGCAUGCACAAUCGGCAAGCCAUCACCCCGAAACUUCUCUGGGAGGCCCUUUGCGACUACGAUAUGUGGCCGAUUUAUUUCAUUGGUCUGGUGUGGUUGAUUCCACCCGCCCCAGCCACCAGCUACAUCUCCUUGGAGCUCAAAUCACUUGGUUUCAGCACCUUCAAAACUAAUUUGUUGACCAUUCCUGCUUAUGUGAUAUUUAUCAUCAACUUGGCUAUCUUUACUUGGGUAUCUGAGCGUAUCAAUCAACGGCUGUUGCUCGGUGCUUUCGCGGAAAUUUGGAACUUGGCUUUGCUGAUAGCCCUCGAAACCCUCCCCGCUGGAGCAAAUACCUGGUCGCGAUAUACACUUCUCAUCUUGCUAAUUGGCAGCCCUUACAUGCAUGCGGCCGUUGUUGCGAUGACUUCUAGAAACGCUGGUUCAGUCCGAACUCGCACCGUUGCAUCGGCCGUGUAUAACAUGAUGGUACAGGCCAGCAAUAUUAUAUCAAAUAACAUCUAUCGCGACAACGACAAACCUCUUUACCGCACAGGCAACAAGGUUCUCAUCGCCCUUAGUGUUUUCAGUUUGGCCCUUUUUAUAGUCAGUAAAUUCUACUAUGACAUCAAGAAUGAACGUCGCGCGCGUAUAUGGAACGCAAUGAACAGUCAAGAGCGGGAUGAAUAUUUGGCUUCUAACAAAGAUAGUGGCAACAAGAGGUAUGAAUUCUUUCUUUUAGUAGAAAAUAUAUUGGAAGUGCUGACUUUACCUCGCAGACUUGACUUCCGAUUCAUUUCGUAA